ACUCACACACCGCCACCCUCACAUUCUCCACCCACACCACACCUUCAAACCAACCCAAUAUCACCUCUAGAACCUCCAUCUUAUCACCAACUUCGCAUCCAUCUUCAAAAUGAGCGACUGGGACUCUGUUACGCGCAUUGGAGCCAGACACACUGGUGGCCCUGCCACCCGCGAGACCGUCGUCAAGGGUAAGAGCGCCUUGAACGCCGCCCAGCGUCAGGGUCUCGUUAUCGGUACCGAGAAGAAGUAUGCUACUGGUAACUCUGCCGGACGCUCCGGUGCCCCCGAAGGCCAGCACCUGACCAAGGUCGACCGCAGCGACGACAUCGUCAAGCCCAAGACCGUUGGCUACCAGGUGGCGGAUGCGAUCAAGAAGCGCCGCAACGAGGAAGGCUACAAGAUGACUCAGAAGGAACUCGCCACGAAGUGCAACACAACCAUCACUGUUGUUCAGGACUUCGAGCGCGGUACUGCUACUCCGGACCAGAAGGUCCUCAGUGCCAUGGAGCGCGUGCUGAACGUCAAGCUGAGGGGUACGGGCAUCGGACAGGAGAAGUUCCCUAAGAAGAAGUAAAUUGAUCGGGGGUGAGCCCGCGGCUUUUUCUUGGGGGAAUGGAGAGUGAAAAAUUGUUGAUUGAUUGAACGGUGCUUUUUUUCAUCACCCUUUUUUUACUCUUUCGACGGCUUUUUCUUAUGGUUUUUAUUUGGUCAUGCCCGGGUUUACUUACGACCUUUUUUCUUUUUUCUUUUUCGAGAGACUUUUUCGGAUGUUACGUUAUGAAUGAGAUCCCAUGAUUCUUUACUUUUAUAUCCCCCCAUUCCCCGCUGUUUGUGAUUCUGCUGGUCGGAAGAGCGCUGGCCUGGUAUUUAUUAGGAA